GCACUCGAAGUAUUGCAGCUUGAAGUCCAGCAUCUGCGCAAAGAAAAUCGUGCUCUUAAGGAGAACAACAAAGUUCUUCUUGCCGAGAAGCCCAAAUGGAAAUGGCGCAUAGAAGCACCUGAUGAAUUUGUUGCUCACGAGCAGACUAUCUCACUGUAUGCUCGUAAAUAUGGCAUGACAGUGGAGAUG